AUGACUCAGCCUGAAAGAAUCGAUUAUUGGAAUGAAUCUAAACGAAGGUAAAUCAAAUUCUGCAUAGAUGAAAAAGACAGGCAAAUCAAUUAGCUCUUUGACAUUCAAGAAAUUCCAGAGUAUGAAGGUUUAUAUGGGAGCUUCGAUAUUUUGACCUCAGAAGCACCAGAUGAUAUUCCAGAGUCUGAUAAACUUUCGCUUUACUUGAAAAAGUAUGGAAACUACGAUCUUAUAAACACACAUCAGAUAUUAUCACAACUCAUGAAAGUUAAUGAAUCAACAAAUGGACAUCGAGAUGAAAAAUAAACUAAUGAUAUACAAAAAAGCUAAAGGAAAAUAGCUUUUAUAGAUGUUGGAGCUAACUUAGGAUGGUUUAGCAUGAUUGCUGCAAAAAAAGGAUUCUAUAGUAUAGCUUUUGAUCCUAUGAUAGAUAAUAUAUAUGCUAUGAGAAAUACAUUGUGCAUCAAUUAAGAUAAUUCAAGCUUGGAAUAUAAUGAGGAACAAAGAAAGUAUAAACCAAGAGAGUAAAAUAUAGAUAAAAUAGAAACUAGGAUUGUAGAUGUAACUAAAGUUGAUAAGUGGUGGGAUAGAGUAUAAAUCUUUGAUUAUGCCUUAGGAUAAGAGUAGUAGCAGUGCAAUAUGUAUAUAUUACCAUAUAAGGCAUUAGAUGGUAUACUCAUCUGUGAUUAGAAAGGAUAAUACUUGUAAGAUGGAAUACUUUACGGUAAUGGAGAUGUGAUAACACUUGAUGAUCUAACAAAUGAAAUGCCAACAGAUUUUUAUGUAGGAGUUAUGAAAAUAAACGUGAAUGGCAUGGAAAUUGAUGUGAUUAGAGGUGCACUUGAGUUUAUAGAAAAGCACAAAGUGCCCUAUAUUAUUAUAAAAAUGGAUAAGAAAUUAAUGUGGCAUUAAGGAUAUAAGAGUAAGCAAGUAUUUGAGUUACUUAAUAAAGAACUCAAUUAUAUCUUUCAUUUGAAUAACUUUAAUGGAGAAAUUCUAGAUGAUGAUUAAGUGCUAGAAAAACAACUGAAAGAAUAAAAAUCAUUGAGUGUAUAUCUUACUUUAAAUAAUUGA